AUGGAGUGGGCUUGGAGCCUUCUUGUUUGGUUCUUUGUGAUUUUGUCACCUGUUUUUUUUCUCCUCCGCCAACGACCACAGUCUGGCUCCAUUCGUCUACCACCCGAACCACCAGGAUGGCCAGUGUUUGGUCACUUGUUCAAUCUUGGAACCACGCCACAUAGAACCCUAGCCAGGCUGAAACAACAGUAUGGCCCUAUUAUUUGGUUGAGGUUAGGUUCCACAAACACUAUUGCGGUUCUCACAGCCAAGGCAGCAGCCGAGUUGUUCAAGAACCAUGACCUCUCCUUUGCCGACCGCACCAUUACAGACACCAAUCGGUCACACGACUACUACCUUGGGUCGUUGGCCCUCGCUCCGUAUGGCUCAUAUUGGCGUUUCCUACGGCGGAUCUGCACGGUGGAAAUGCUUGUAAACAAAAGAAUCAGUGAAACAGUGCCGAUCAGACAAAAAUGCGUCAACGACAUGUUGUUGUGGAUCGAAAAGGAUUCCCAACUAGUGAAGGAUGAGCAAGGCAUUCAGGUUGCUUGGUUCGUGUUCCUUGCAUCAUUCAACAUGAUUGGAAAUCUCGUUGUAUCUCGGGACCUGGCCGACCCAGAAUCAAAAGUGGGCUCAGAGUUCUUCACAGCAAUGAGGGUAGCGAUAGAGUUGGCUGGCCAACCCAAUAUUUCUGACUUAUUUCCAUGCCUUAGAUGGCUUGACCUGCAGGGUUUAAGAAGAAAAAUUGAUCGCAAUUUGGGGAAAGCGAUGAAAAUUGCUUCUGGUUUUGUGAAGGAGAGGAUGAAAGAGCUGGAGGAGAAUGGUGAAAGGAGGAAGGACUUCAUGGAUGUUUUGCUCGAGUUUGAGGGCACCGGAAAGGAUGAACCUGCUAAAUUACUAGAGCGGGACGUCACCAUUUUUAUACUGAGAGAGGCCUCUUUGUGUUGA